AGCCGGGGUUGGCUGGAGCGCGUCGCUGUCUCUGCUGGGGGCUGACAGGCCUGGCGGGCGCCCGUCGGGGACCGAGGCAGAACUCAAGAGGUUUCAAACUCCAGCAUCUGAAACAUUUCCUUUGAUUCUGAAGAUGACACAGUGAUGAGUCUUCUCAUUCCCAGCUGAGUUUUAGCUCUGGAAUGGCCAGCCAGGAAACUGAAGUUCAAAGACUGGUACUAGAUAGUGAUUCAAUGAUAGAAGGAAUAAGUGACCAGGUUCUGCUGGCAGUAGUGCUUAGCAUCACAUUCCUUGUUGCACUGACAUACAUGCUAUUAAGAGAUGGGCAAUCAGAUAUUCAUCCAGAAAACCAAGAGCUCGUGAGGGCAGUUAGACAACAAAUACAAUCGGAACAGGAAAAUAGUGUUGGUGACAGGCAACAUUUCUAUACUGAUUUGUCCUGCCCGGUGUGUUUACAACAGGCUACAUUUCCCAUUGAAACAAAUUGUGGACAUCUUUUCUGUGGUAACUUUAUUUUUACCACUCUUUGAUGAGGGACACGAAGAUGCAGCACAAGUGCUUCAUGACAUUAGUGAUUAUAAUAGGAGAUUCUCGGGACAGCCAAGAUCGAUUAUGGAAAGGAUUAUGGAUUUACCUACAUUAUUGCGUCAUGCAUUCAGAGAAAUGUUUUCUGUCGGUGGUCUCUUCUGGAUGUUCCGCAUCAGAAUAUUCCUCUGUCUCCUGGGGGCUUUGUUAUAUCUUGCAUCACCGUUGGACUUUCUACCUGAAGCUUUGUUUGGAAUAUUAGGAUUUUUAGAUGAUUUUUUUGUUGUUUUUCUGCUACUCAUAUAUAUAUCUAUCAUGUACCGAGAAUUUGUGACACAGAGACUGAACAGAUGAAGACAGAUGUCAGUAAUUAACAUUAAGGUGCAUUAAGUGAAUUAACUGUUUUGAGAAAACUAUUUAGACACAAUUUUGGUUAUUAAACAGCCUUCGUUUGAUCAUCUUAUGCAAUCAAAAAACACAACUUUAUUUCAAACAUAAGUCAGCAUAAGAUAACAUGAGAUUAUAAAAGUAAAUUAUGCAAGCAUGAGGAAUUAAUUCCAAAGUGAUUAGGGAACUGAAAAUUUGAUGUGCGAUAUUAAAAAAGGUGUAACCCAUGCUUAUAUAUGUUUACAGCGGACGAAUGAGUAAAUGCCAUUUAAGCCACCAGCAAUGAUAAAAGGGAAAUUGUCUUGGAAUAUUUUAUUUGCAUUAGCUGGACAUGUGCUUAAACAUU